AUCGCAGGAAUAUUAAUCGAUUCAGUGGAUGAAUCGUUACACCCCUAAUGUCUAUGCAUGAUAGGCAGGACGUCCCCAGUUCUAAAUGAUUAAUAGUUUGGGAGCUUCUUGUCAGAAGACGAGUGUGGAAACAUCUGUGUCCUUGUGCAUGUGCAAAAUUCUCCACUUCACAGGAUACAAAGACAAUGAUCAAACCUUCCUUGUUCUGCAUUGUCAUUCUAAAUUUUUUUAAGAGAACAUCAUAAAUACUAUAGUGGGCUUGAAAUGAAAGACCCGUUGAAUAUUUAGUUUUGGCGUUUUUCUUCCCCCCGACUCUUUGCGUGUUCACGUCGUAUGCCACAGGCAGGUGCACCUUCCUCUUUAAAUAUCGGCUUUGUCUUGUGCUGUUUCCGACGACACUGAUCAUUCAUGCUGCGUCCUGCUCACUGAAGACAGCACGUCAAGAGACGACAGUUCGAGUUCACUGAUGGACUCUGCCGUGUUAAUCCAAGGAGACGACCUCGCUGCCCUCCUAGACGGCUACGACGACAUUUUCGCCAAUGUCUCUCAUGAGGAAAGCGACCUGUGUGACACGAACGAGGCGGGGCCUUUUGAGGCGGUGUUCAUCCCCGCGCUGUACUCCGUGGCGUUCGUCGUCGGCAUCCUGGGCAACGGCGUGCUGCUGGGCGUCCUGGUCCAGAGCAGGAGGUCCUGGAGCGUGACGGACACCUUCAUCGUCCACCUGGGGGUGUCCGACGUUCUGCUGCUGGCGACUCUGCCCGUCUGGGCCGCUCAGUCCGCACAGGCCGACGGGUGGACGUUCGGCUCGCCGCUCUGUAAGAUCACCGGAGCGGUUUUUACGAUCAACUUCUACUGUGGGAUCUUUCUGCUGGCCUGCAUCAGCCUGGACCGCUACCUGUCCAUCGUCCACGCCACCCAGAUGUACUCGCGCCGGAAGCCCCGGGUCGUUCAGGUCAGCUGCUUGGCCGUGUGGCUCUUCUCUCUGCUCCUCUCCAUCCCUGACUGGAUCUUCUUGGAAGCCGUGGAGGAUUCCGGGCGAGGCCAAAAAACCCAGUGUGUGCGCAACUACCUGAUGAACGCCUCUGGGAAAGUAGGGGACUGGCGACUGGCGUCCCGCCUGCUCUUCCACACGGCGGGCUUCCUGCUGCCUUCGGUCGUCCUGAUCUUCUGCUACUCCUGCAUCCUGCGCCAGCUGCGCUGCGGCUCCCGGGCCCCCCAGAAGCAGAAAGCCUUCAGGGUCAUCGUGACGGUGGUGGUGGUUUUCUUCCUCUGCUGGACGCCGUACAACAUCACGCUCAUGGUGGACACGCUUCAUUCCGCCGACCACAACGACACCUGCGGAACCAGGACGUCUCUCGGGACAGCCAAGAUGAUCACCUCCUCCGUGGGUUACCUCCACUGCAGCCUCAACCCCGUCCUCUACGCCUUCGUGGGCGUCAAGUUCCGACGCCAGCUCCUCGGCAUCCUGAGGUCCCUGGGCUGCGAGCUGAAGACGAGAGCCCACCCGCAGUCUGUGACCAGCAGGAGAAGCUCCAUUUGGUCCGAGUCUGGCGACACGUCCAACUCCCUCGCCAUCUAGAAAAGGGACGCGGGCGCGUUGACGACCACUCGAACGGAACGGACCACGCGGACACGACGGGACGGAAGCUCCCAUAGAGAAGAGUUCUAAAUGUUUCCGGUAUGAGCCCGUGCACAUGCUCGCCUUUCUUUCCGUGUCUGUUACACGGCUAAAAUAAUUGGGUCCGUCUGUUCUCAGCAAAUCUAUUUUUCUUGUAAAGGAAGUAGUUAUUUCCCUUUUGGGACCAAAGGGCUUCAUUGCAACAUGUUCGUUGGUCAGUAAUGUUGCUAAAGCUGUAUACCGCUUUGAAAUAGAUUUUAUGCCACAAUAAAAGGUUCCCGCUUGUUGUGCUUUUGUGAAUGUUUUGUUCAAAUACAAAAUAAAACAUUUGUUUAAUGAUGAA